UUCUUCAAUUUAGAUAUUGAUCAAAAUCUUAAGGACUCUAUUGCUUCUAUGGGUUUAGUCAGCAUGACAGCAGUCCAACAAGCAUGCAUUCCUCCUCUUUUGAUGGGGCGAGACGUACUGGGAUCUGCAUGCACCGGUUCAGGUAAAACAUUGGCGUUUUUGAUUCCAGCCGUACAGCUUUUGGUCGAGGCAGGAUUUAAGCCUCGUAAUGGAUCCGGGGUUAUUGUUCUGGCCCCUACCCGUGAACUUGCACUUCAAAUUUAUGGUGUCGCUAGCGAGCUCAUGUCAUCUUGUUCUCAGACAGUUGGUGUCGUGAUUGGCGGUACGAAUCGCUAUCAAGAGGCUAAAAAGCUAGAACAUGGUCUAAAUUUGCUUAUUGCUACGCCCGGUCGUCUUUUGGACCACAUAAAGAACACGCCUGAAUUCGUUUACAAGAAUUUAAAGUGUCUGGUCAUUGAUGAGGCUGACCGAAUUCUUGAAAUUGGCUUCGAGAAAGACUUAUAUGAAAUUAUCAAACUUUUGCCAAAAAAGCGUCAAACUGUUCUUUUCAGCGCGACUCAAACAGAUAGUAUUGAGGACUUAGCGCGUCUGGCUUUAAAAAAGCAUCCAUUGGAAAUUCAUGUAGAUCAAGGUCGUGAAAAACCUACAGUAGAAGGUUUAGAACAGGGCUAUGUCAUCUGUGAAAGUGACAAGCGCUUUUUGCUGCUAUUUACUUUUUUGAAAAAAAAUCUUAAAAAAAAAAUUAUUGUUUUUUUUAGUUCUUGUAACUCGGUCAAAUUUCAUGCUGAACUACUCAACUAUAUUGAAAUCCCCGUUCUCGAACUACACGGGCAACAGAAGCAAAACAAAAGAACCAAGACAUUUUUCGAAUUUUGUAAUUCUGAACAUGGUAUCUUGAUUUGCACUGAUGUGGCAGCUCGCGGACUGGACAUUCCCAAGGUAGAUUGGAUCAUACAGUUUGAUCCACCAGAUGAUCCGCGAGAAUACAUUCAUAGGGUCGGUCGUACGGCACGUGGUGUGGAUGGUACUGGUCGCGCAUUGCUAUUCUUGCUACCUUCAGAACUGGAAUUUCUGAAAUAUUUGCGACAACACAAAAUAGCGCUCAAUGAAUAUGAGUUUUCGAAGCUUGCCGACAUCCAAAGUCAGCUAGAGAUGCUAAUUAAUAAGAACUAUUAUCUCUAUCGAAGUGCUAAUGACGCCUAUCGGUCAUAUUUGCAAAGUUAUGCAGCUCACUCGCACAAGAAUAUCUACAAUGUCGCAAAUCUUAAUUUGGUGGCAGUUGGUAAAGGAUUCGGUUUUCCUGUUCCACCUAAAAUAUCCGUCCCUGGUCUGCGUGGAGGCUCUAAAAAUACUGUUUCAAAUAAGAACCAGUCAUAGCUGCCCGUAGUUUAUGCGCAUUCGUUUUAUGAAAUCCUCGUGCUUAAACGUUGCGUUUUAUCAUUUUGAUCGAUAAAAGUGUC